CUGGUCCAGCUGUCAUCGACUAGAAGAGACCAUUCGCACCGGCUGACUUGGAAAUGCAGAAAAUGGAAAAAAGCUGAAAUAUGGCAACAUCUAGGAACCAUAAGGACAUGACGACAAUUUAGAGUAGGACAUAGGCCUAGAAGACACUGAGAUAAGAAGAACCAAGUUAAGGAGGAAACAUUGCCUUUACCCCAGGAUUCAUAAAUGGAUGACUACGGCUUCGGAGUCCUGGUGAAGAAUAACUGCAGUGGCAACAAGUCUGCUUUCCCCGUGAGGAUCCCUCACCUCCAACCCCAACCCUCCCACCUCAAUCACCCCGCCAACCCACCCAGCCCCCCUUCAUUCAUCAAUAGCACCUCGGCCACCAAUGGAGGAGGUAGCGCCUGGCUGUUCCCCUCCGUAACACCCCACAGUAACAUGCAGGAUGAGAUCCUUGACUCCGACAAGGCCAAAGCCCUGGACCUGCAGGAGAAGGCCCAGCCGCAGGCCCUCUCCCCUGGGCAGCAAGAGACCAGAGGUGGCCUAGGGGAGCUAGAUGGGUCUCUACCUGAGGACUGCUCCCUGGAGAAGGGCUCAUUGGAGAGCAGUGGUGGGAAGGAGAAGCUUAGGGGUGGGAUGGACUCUCCUCCGGUGCUGGGGGGGUUUGACUACCAGGACAGCCUGGGGAUGGCGACGUCUGGAGCCCAGUCCACCACCACUACCUCCUCCCUGACCUCCUUCAACAACUGGUCCCCGGCCGUACCCUCCAACCCCUCCCCCGUGGUCAGUGAGGACGUUGGGAGCGGGUUCUUUGGCCCUGCCGGUUCCAACGCUAACGGACCCCCGAUGCUUUUCCAGAACUUCUCCCACCACGCCGGGCCCGGCUUCGGAGGGGUGGGGGGUAGCUUCUCCCCCCAGAUUGGCCCUGUCUCCCAGCACCACCCUUCUCCACACCCCCACCACUACCACCCCCACAACGGGGGUCCCCCGCAGCACCGCCGUUCCCCAGCUUCUCCCCACCCUCCCCAGCCCUCCUUCCCCCCUCACCCCCACCGCUCUGGAGCUUUCACCCAGCUGCCCCACCUGGCCCCAGCCCAGGCAAAGCCACCCUCCCCUUGGGGCAGCUACCAGAGCCCUGCCCCCUCCACCCCCACUUCCACGUCCUGGAGCCCUGGAGUGGGGUACGGUGGCUGGGGAGGGUCACAGGGGGUCCGAGAGUACCGCAGGGGCCUCAACGGAGGGGUUACGGCCCUCAACUCCAUCUCACCACUAAAGAAGUCUUUCCCCAACAACCAGGUUCCCUCUCAGAAGUAUCUUCGUAACAACUCUGGGUUCAACCACAAGCCUUGGCCGGAAGACAGCAUGAGUCGCACUGACAACUUCCCUUUCCAGGAGAGAACCCGUUCCUUUGAUGGCUUCAGCAUGCACUCCCUGGAGAACAGUCUAAUUGAUAUUAUGAGGGCUGAACAGGAUUCCUUGAAAGGUCGCUAUGGUUUCUCUCACCAAGGCGGAGACAUGUCUUUGCCCAUGAAUGCUAGGAGCUAUGGCAGACGACGAGGUCACUCGAACCUGUUCCCCAUGGGGGACGAGCACUCCUUCGGAGAGGACGAGUCAGGUGACCAGGGACUUCCUGGUUUAGGAUCCGCCCACUGUUUCCCGCAGCUCAACGGAGAGCGAGUGGAGAGGUACUCACGCAAGGUGUUUGUGGGAGGACUGCCCCCCGAUAUAGACGAAGAUGAGAUCACCGCCAGUUUCCGCCGGUUCGGUCACCUGUUUGUCGAUUGGCCCCACAAAGCUGAGAGCAAGUCCUAUUUCCCACCUAAAGGUUAUGCAUUCUUGCUGUUCCAAGACGAGAGCUCUGUCCAGGAUCUGAUUGAUGCCUGUAUCGAGGAGGAUGGCAAGCUCUACCUCUGUGUCUCCAGCCCCACCAUCAAGGACAAGCCUGUCCAGAUCCGUCCCUGGAACCUGAACGACAGUGACUUUGUGAUGGACGGCUCUCAGCCUCUGGACCCCAGGAAGACCAUCUUCGUAGGGGGGGUGCCACGUCCUCUACGCGCAGUGGAGCUGGCCAUGAUAAUGGAUCGUCUGUAUGGAGGAGUGUGUUACGCUGGCAUCGACACAGACCCUGAGCUGAAGUACCCUAAAGGAGCGGGCCGUGUGGCAUUCUCCAAUCAGCAGAGCUACAUCGCUGCUAUCAGCGCUCGAUUCGUUCAGCUGCAGCACGGCGAGAUCGACAAACGGGUGGAAGUGAAGCCAUACGUGCUGGAUGACCAGCUGUGUGAUGAGUGCCAGGGGACACGCUGUGGGGGGAAGUUCGCUCCCUUCUUCUGCGCUAACGUCACCUGUCUCCAGUACUACUGUGAGUACUGCUGGGCCGCCAUCCACUCCCGGGCCGGACGAGAGUUCCACAAGCCACUGGUCAAGGAGGGGGGCGACCGGCCCCGACACAUAUCCUUUAGGUGGAACUAGGGAGGGAGAGGGUGACGGGCUAUGUUGUAGAAAAUAAAUGCACUUUUCUUUUUUCUGGUUCCUAUUUAGUUUGGAAAAUUAAUUUAAAAGCUUAAUUUAAUCUUUAUUUUUUUAAUCAGACCUUCUCAGAACAGUAAAUGCUAAGAAGGACAACUAAGUGAAUGAAAUCCCGUUUUGAAUUUAAGUUAAGGUGUGCAUGAGUACUUGGAUGCAUUAUUAGAUAUGAGAAGAAGUGUUUCUUCUGACUUGACUGUACUUUUCUCACAUUAGCUGGCGAAGCUGCUUACAUUUGUUGUCAAGAGUAACAUAACAUUUGAGUGAGGUAUGUGCUGCACCUCAAUCAGUAUAUUAACUAGAACAGUUGUGUGUUAAAGGGUACACUUAUUUUUGUUAAUUUACGCAUGCAGGAUUAGGUUGAUAUUUGUAUCGUUAACCAAAGUUUGAGAGUAACUGGUCGGGUUAAAGUUCAAUAGUCAAAGAAAACCACUGCAGAAGGGCAGACUGACUGACAAUUCCCUUCAUCAUAAAUAAACUGUUCAGAAUACAUGCAGGAUUAUUUCAGAAAAGAUUAUCCUCUCGGGCCUGGCAGCGAUUACUGGCAUGUGUUUCUAGAUCAUGGUUUUAAAUUGACUCUUUGUAGCCAAAAUGGGCAAACCAAAGAUUGGCCUAAAAACAAGUGAUCAACGGCAGUUGAUUAUCUGAGGGGUUUAAGGACUAUAAGACUCCAUUUUCAGGUUCAGAAGGUCAGGAAGGCUAGUGCUGUUUUAAGUUGUUGAAUUGUGGAGAGAGGGGAGAAACUGUCUUUGGAAAGACAGGUUUCAGCUGAUAGACUACAAGCCCUAGCUGUCUAGGCAGGGAUCAGGUAUUGGCAGUAGUAUUAGCUCACUUUAUAUUGUCAGGGAUAUUAGCACUGGAUGCUAACAUGCUAAUAUUGUAGUACUAGUAGGAAUUCACAGUACAGUGGUAGCUAGCUACAGUGUUCCCUGAGUGACUCAUAGUAUGUAGCCUGGUCGUGGCCUGUAUGUGCUUCAGUGUUGAACCAACUCCUCUGCCUAUCCUUGUCCAGCUAAUUAACACAGAGAGUUGGCUAAAGCACAGACAGACUGGACAACCAGGCUAGUCUCAUGGUGAUCUGAUGCACUCUCUCUCCCAUGACUGGAGUGUAGAGGAAAUAGAUCCGAACUGUGGCGGAUGGAUAUGCUAGUGGAUCCUUGCUGUGGAGGAUGAAUACGUUAGUAGCUGGACACUCUGAAGAACUUACUGUCACAGAGAUAAAGAUAUUAUUUUAUACAUGGCCUGCUGAUUUUUGUACAGUGUUUUAUAGCUGAUUAUUUUGUCAUGAACAUAUAAAUUUAUUAUGCACUACUUUUCUAAAUAUUUUUUUCAAUAGUCGUUUUAGGCACAUUUUUCAUAAGAUGAUAACUCCUUUUGCAAUACCUCAUUUUUUUUCCACUUGAUGAGAAAUAAUUUUGUACCUUUGUUACUAAGAGAUCUGCAUUUAUUGUAAAACUUAAUUUAAAAAGAGAAAAUUAAUGAUAUUAAUAUAAUUUUCAAUUUAGCUUUUUAUAUAUUUAAGUGCUGGUAAAUCUUAAAUAGUCUGGUCCAUUGGUGUGAUUGUGUAAAGGAAAGAUAAACAGCCAGACUACAGAUGGUUAGCCAAUCGUGUACAGACUUCUCUUUCAUAAUAAUAAACCAUAAGUACUGGAUCUUAAGGCAUGACGAGACCUUUCUAAACUUAUUUUGAUAGUCUUGAAACAUAUAUUCAGCUUGUAGUGGGUAAGGAAAAUCUAGAUGCCAUUUUUUGACUUGGGUGGAUGAGUAAACCCUUAUUCCCUUGUAUCAUCAGAGAGAACUAUGACCGGUGUUCUAAAAACUAGAUUCCCUUUCUGGAACUACCUGAAGGUUCCAGAACGUUCCAGUUAUUCUAUGCAUGCAUGACGUAAUACACAAUAACAACAUGACUUGGCUAGUGUUAAUGCAGGAAACUAUUGUAAUGCGCUAGACGGCUUUCCUUUUUGUUUGAGUUUUUAGUUCUCCUUUCAGAUCACCUCCUAAUAUCUAGCUUCUCUUUCUCUCCUCAAGUCUGCAUCCCUCGCAGGCAGACAGGCAGGCAGGCAGGGAGACAGGAUACCAGAGUGAUAACACUUAUACGAGUUUAGCCAUAUAGACACUUCCUAAAAGAGACUUGAUCACUCCACCCCUGUGAUGUGGCUUUGGGACAUAGACUUGAAUGUGAUUCAUGUUGCAAGUUAACUUUGAGCGCUUAUGUGCAAUCCUUCUUUCCUAAAACAGUUUCUCUCAUUCUGCAAUGUAAACCCAUAUAAACCAUGUAAACAUUAAAACAGGAUUAUUUUUUUCAGUCUACUAUUCAUGCUGGUGUCUGCAAAGCGAAAUGUUCUACUAAUAUAUAAAUAUAUAUAUGUGAAUUUAUUUUUAAACAUUUGUUUUGUGCUUAUUCAAUGAUUUUGCUACCAUGCUACUGUGAUUGAGAAAACAUUGUAUAUACUAGGUUGGUGAUGUAUUUUGUUAUAUUCUCAAUUGAAAUGUAACUUUCAUUUGGAUCAGAUUUUUCUAUUUUUUUGGGGUGAUGUGUUAAACUUGUUGAUGUCUAGGUUUUCUAAUUGCUGUAUUGUGCAUCACAUUCAGAGGAAUAAUGUCUGUUAGUAUUACUUGAUUGCGAAACAUGCCAAUAGUUUUUAAUGGUAUGCUGGGAAGGUUGUAUUUAUUGAUAUCUUUUUUACUUGAGACAUCAUCUUGAUUUUUAUUAUGUCAUUUCACAUUUAUAAGUUCCGAUUUGAACCCCCCCCACAUACACAAACACACACACACAAUUAUGUUGUGCUAAUUAAAGAUGUCAGUUUUUAUAGUUGGUUUGUAGAACUGAAGUAAAAAAACAAAAAACAAGAUCUAAUGUCCUAUAAGCAUCUGCAGCCAACUAUUUAGAACUGUAUGCAUACAACAUUUGAAGUAUGUGUAUUGUGAGAUGUUGAAAGAAUAAAACUCCGCUGUGAGGA